AUGCAACGCUCCGUAGUCUAUUUUGGUUCUGUGACCUCUGCACGCAACGAAUUCUCAACAAUCAUCGACGAUUUCAAUAAAUCGAGUCGAUUGCUUAGACUCAUAGAUGAAUUACAUUUCUUGAACAAUAGGUUGGUCUCUUUGAAGAACUCGACUGCGUCAUCGGAGAUGCGUGCUGCUAACUCGAAUGAUGACUUCAUUGUGCUUCUCAAUGAAGUCAUCGAAUUGCGAAAACAGGCAAGGUUAUUGAGUAAAGAGUCCUACAAUCUGCAUAACUACAAUUAUUCAAAACCAACCACUGCAAGACAGGUCAGGUUAGUGGUGUUGCCUGAAGAACCGGGAACUCCAGUAGACGAUGAAACCUCGAUGGUGAUUCAUUAUUUGAAUCAAUUGACUGAAGAGCUACAAAAGACAGACAUCGUCUACUCAUUAUAUCCAAGAAGGGGUUCUCACAGGUGA